AUGCGCUCUCUUCUUCUUCAAUGCCGCCAUAAGGGAAUGCUCCUUGGCCCCAGGCCUCAAAGGCUUCGGUUUCUCACAACCCUCGCCAUCGAGACAUCCUGUGAUGAUACAGGCGUGGCCGUUCUUCGGCAUACACCAGGAUCAACUGAACUCCUCUUCAAUGAGCGCAUAUCCUCUGAUAACCGCGCGUUCAAGGGUAUACACCCAAUUGUAGCGGCCAAGGGCCACAGUGAAGCUUUAGCACCUCUUGUGCGUCGAGCAAUAGACUCUCUGCCAGCUGCUGAAGAUGAUGGCCAGAAAUUCUGUGAUGCUGGUGGCGUGAGAAGGCAAGUUCCGGACUUUGUGUCGGUGACUCGUGGACCUGGGAUGCGCUCGAACCUAGGAAUCGGCCUCGACAUGGCCAAGGGACUGGCCGUUGCUUGGGGUGUCCCCUUGGUCGGCGUCCAUCAUAUGCAGGCUCAUGCGUUGACGCCGCGACUGGUCCGGGCUCUGGGAAUGAGUAUGGGCGAAGAUGAAAUAUCCCAAGAGGGACCAGAAUUUCCUUUCCUGUCCCUACUUGUUUCAGGCGGACACACUCAACUUGUUUACUCAAGAGGCCUAACAGAGCAUUCUAUCGUUGCUACAAGCGGCGAUAUUGCUAUUGGCAAUCUUCUGGACCAAACAGCUCGCGAUAUCCUGCCUCCCGAGGUCUUCGAAGCAAGCGAGCAUGUCAUGUACGGUCGCCUCCUUGAAGCCUUUGCCUUCCCACCAAAAAAUAGCUCGACUUCUGCCUAUGAGGCUGUUUUCACACCACCAGCUUCUCGCUCCGCAGAGAUGUCUCCUCCGUCCACAGGGUAUGAGUGGAAUAUCCCCACGCCAUUUCGACAGACUAGAAAACUUGCGUUCUCUUUCAGUAGCAUCUACACACACGUUCACGAUCUCGCAACCUCCCGCCCCUCCAUGCCUCUGCCUGAACGCCGAGCCCUGGCACAGCAUACCAUGAUGGCAGCUUUUACACACCUCGCAGGCAGAUUAUGUAUCGCCCUUGACGACAAGCCAGAGCUUCGAGCUGCAAAGACACUAGUUGUAGCGGGCGGAGUAGCGAGCAAUAGAUUCCUUAUGCAUGUACUGCGGUCUAUGUUGGCUGUAAGGGGCUUUGGUGACAUACAAAUUGUUGCACCGCCUGCAGAGUUAUGCACAGAUAAUGCAGCCAUGAUUGCAUGGUCGGGCAUGGAGAUGUAUCAAGCUGGCUAUGAGUCUGAGUUGACCGUGACGGGCGUUGGAAAAUGGUACAUGGAUCCUGAAGUUGGGGACGGGAUAUUGGGGGUUGAUGGGUGGGUGAGAAGAGACACCAGGGGCUCAACUCCUGAGAAGUCAUGA